CAACCGCCGCCCGUGCGGCGGGGGAGGGGUCUAUAUCAUGUUGAUUUCUGCUUCAAGUUUUGUCUCCCCCCCUCAAUUUCUGCACAGCAUCUCUAUGUAUAGCGUAUAUAUCUGCUAAAAUGGAUCCAAAGAGCGUGACGCACGCGCAGGCGGUUACGGUGAGCUUGAAGGAGCUUCUUGAUGGAACUGUAUCUUUCGAAACCCUUUCUGAAGCCUUUGGACCUUCAUCUCUGGGUAUUAUCGUCGUGAAGGAUCUUCCUCCGAAAUUCAAGGAUCUCCGCGCUCAAGUGUUAUCCAACGCUUCAUAUCUGGCUGCACUUCCUGAAGAGGAAUUAGAAUCCCUCACCAGUCCAGAAUCCAAAUACCUCGUCGGCUGGUCCUGUGGGAAAGAAACCCUCCGAUCCGGCCACUUCGACACCCUAAAGGGCUCCUACUACGUCAAUUGCGCAUUCUACCAAAACCCCGAACUGCAGAAUGCCCCCGCGGAAGGAUUCCCUGAUUUCUCACAGUACACGGCGCCUAAUAUCUGGCCGCCACAGGACCGACUGCCUACUUUCCGGAAGAGUAUCGAGGAUCUAUGUACUUUGAUCAUUGAUACUGCGGCGUUGGUGGCGAGGGCUUGUGAUCGGUAUGCGUUGGCGAAUAUUGAGGGGUAUAAGGAGGGGUAUCUUGAACAUGUGGUGAAGACGAGUUUGACUACGAAGGCGAGGUUGUUGCAUUAUUUCCCUACUGUUGGCAACGAUACUUCGGAGGAAAAGAAGGAGGAGGAGGGGGAGGAAGGAGAUGACUGGUGUGCCACACACCUCGACCACGGCUGUCUCACAGGUCUCACAUCCGCCAUGUUCAUCGACGAGGCCGCUCAUCCCAUCGACCCAACUUCCACCCACCCUCUACCUGAACUAUCUCAAUCCCCUGAUCCCUCCGCGGGACUCUACAUCCGCUCUCGCACAGGCGAGAUCGUCAAAGUCAAUAUCCCCAAGGACUGUCUGGCGUUUCAGACUGGUGAGGCGCUGCAGCUUAUUACGCAAGGGAAGUUCCGCGCUGUGCCGCAUUUCGUGAAGGGGGCGAAGACGAGUGGUGAUGCGCGUAUUGCAAGGAAUACGUUGGCGGUGUUUACGCAGCCGAAUUUGGGAGAGGAGGUUGAGGCUGGGAAGACGUUUGCGGAUUUUGCGAGGGAGGUUGUUGAGAGGACGUAUUGAUUUUGUUUUGAUAUCAGGGGAGUUUUUGGUACUGCUGUUAUUUGUCGUUAUAUAUAUUAUUUGAGCGAGAUAUAUAUAUAUAUAUAUAUAUAUAUAUAUAAGCCAAGUCGAAUGCGUGGGAAAGAAGAAAUCCUGAUCUGGUCAAUUUAAUACUCUAUUAUUGUACAGUACAUACAUGAAUUUGUUUUUUUGGCCUGGGGGGAUAAAAAUGCAGUGUUAAUAGUAAAUGCAACAACAA